ACAUGGCUGCCAAUCGAUAACUGAUAAUUGUUCCGAAAGCCAAAAGAAAACAUCAAAAAACAGCAAACAAUCCAUCUAAAGGCGACCAGAACUACGAUCAGAUAAAGGAGCAAUGCUUUUGGACCUCCCUCGACGUUAUUGCAGGAAUUUAACGGCGUUUAUUGUGUCAAAACCACCUUGUGUUGUUUUCACAAUAUGCCUGUGCUGUUUGGCUAUAGCACUGUUCUGGCUGGGUUAUUACGUUAACAAUAACGAUGUCGUUGAUCCUGAAGCUGAGAAGGAUUGGAAUGAUUUCUUAACAAGUCUUAGUAAUGUUCAGUUUUGCAUUGACAAAGUCAAUAGCAAAGUCAAUCAACACAGACCGAAGUCUAUUAAUGGUACAAAGAAAAGAGGCCAGAACUCAAAAUAUGAAUCCCCAACUUCAACAUAUGGUCUACAGCUGAUUUCAAUUCCGUUGAAAAUUGGUGUCCAUGUCCGAAAUAAGGAUCACUUUCUUCAUGGAAACAUCACCCAUCUGACGGCACUGAUGGACGCACCUACUGUUGGAUCUGGUCUUUUCAGGAGAAAAAUGAAUUUGACAUUUUCGCUGUCAAAAGUCUGGGACACAGAAGAGAGAAAGUGUAACAAGAAGAAUAAUUUAUGUAAACUUCCACAAGGGUACUUUCACAGUUGCGUCACAAUUCUUGCACCUCGAGAAGCACUUCCUGAAUGGAAGCCAGAGACUUGUAACUCAACUUCAUUUAGUUCAUUGACAAAUAUGAAAGCUCUGACAAAGAAAAGUCAACAUUCAAAAUGUGAAUCGGGUGCAGUUAUCUACUUUAAACAUCCGGUCGACCUUGAAGUUCGUGAGAAGCUUUCAGUGGAUGAACGGGCCAAGGCAAACCUUCAUUUGCAAGUGACAAGUUAUUUCCUAUUUAUUCUUGUGAUUUCAUCCAUCAUUUAUGGUAUGCUUAAAGGAAAACCUCUGAAAUCCAAAAAGGUAACCUUUGAGUCCAACGGUUUGUAACAAGAUAAUAUUGUUAAACAAAUAUUCACAUGUUGUUACUAGUGCAAACUAGUUUUUGGAUCAGUUUGUUUUGAUCGAUAAAUGCCGUUGAAUUGGAGGCAGGAUCAAGUUAUAAAAGCUGUUGUAAACGGCCCCAGCAAGUGACAAAUAAGAAUUAAUUGUAAUUUAUUCCUUGCAUUUACAAUAUUUUAUUUAUUAGUGCUUGUUUUCAAUGCUUAUAUAAUUCACACAUUAAAUUUGUAUUUAUUUCCUAAAUUACAACCCUCUGGCUUGUUAAAUAGGUGUAGAUGGUAAUAAAUUAUUGACGAAUAGCCGUAGAUGAGACAAUUUUUUAAUAA